AUGGAUGGAGCCUCAGGAAAUGAUUCCGUGGUCACGGAGUUUGUCCUGCUGGGCCUAAAGGAGACUCCAGCUCCACAGCCCAUGCUCUUUGUCAUCUUCCUUCUUGCUUAUGCAGCUACCCUUGGUGGCAAUUUCAGCAUCCUGGCCGUCAUCCUCACUGAACCCAAACUCGACACCCCCAUGUACUUUUUCCUGGGGAACUUGUCCCUGCUGGACGUCCGGUACAUCAGCGUCAUCAUCCCUGCCAUGUUGAGGCAUUUCAUGUCCCAUAACAGAGACAUUCCCUAUCGGGCCUGCCUCUUGCAGCUCUUCUUCCACCUCCUCGCUGGGGUGGACUGCUUCCUGCUGACCGUCAUGGCCUAUGACCGCUACCUGGCCAUCCGCCAGCCCCUCACCUACAGCACCCGCGUGAGCUGGGGAAUCCAGCAAGCCCUGGUGGGUGUGUCUUGUCUCUUUUCCUUCACCAAUGCACUGACCCAAACUGUUGCCUUGUCUACUCAUCAAUUCUGUGGCCCCAACAUGAUCAAUCACUUCUACUGUGACUUCCCACAGCUCUUCCAGCUCUCCUGCUCCAGCACCCAACUCAAUGAGCAGUUGCUCUUUGUAGCAGCAGCCUUCGUGGGUGUGGCCCCCUUGGUCCUCAUCACUGUGUCCCGUGCACACGUGGUAGCUGCGGUCCUGCGAAUCCGCUAUGCAGAGGGCAGGAGGAAAGCCUUCUCCACAUGCGGCUCCCACCUCGCUGUGGUGGGCAUGUUCUACGGGACAGGCGUCUUCAGCUACAUGAGGCUGGGCUUAGCGAAGGCUUCAGACAAGGACGAGGGCAUUGGCAUCCUCAACACUGUCAUCAGCCCCAUGCUGAACCCGCUCAUCUACAGCCUCCGGAACCCUGAUGUGCAGGGCGCCCUGCAGUGGUUGCUCAAGGGAGAUGGCCCCCCCAGUGAGAGCCCUUCCUCUGGCCUUAAGGAAUAUCAUGGAUCCACUUAUUGUUUCCAAGAGGUAUUGUGA